AUGGUUUUCACUUACGGAUUGUGUCGGGCGUGCGGGAUGUACCCGAGAAGGAACAGUUUGUGAGGACUCAGUCCCCCGUUUCCGAGGUCCUCUUCGGAAGUCAACUCUGAAUUACUCAUCGGCGCGUCUGAGCUCAUUUUCGGGCGAAUGAAGAUGUUGGAAAGAGUUGAGCUCCGAAAAGCGGAUUUCGGAUGACAAAGGGGCGGAGCCUGUGUGAGCUCAUGGCUUUGGGCGCGAUUUUGAAAGGGGGAAACGGAAAUUAGAGGAAGUUAUGAAUAAAUGAUUGCAGCAAACACGGAAUGAAAAAAUCGGCGAAACCGACUGAACAUGCAAUUUUUGGCCUAAAUUCUCCAAUUUUUUCAGGCGGAAAAACCGAAAGACGUGCCGGUGAAGGAGGCGGAAAAACGGCAGGCGGAAGAGCAGAAACUGAUUAACAACGCGCGUCCGCUCAGCGAAAAAGAGCAGGAGGAGAAGGCGGAGCUGUUGACGCAGGCAGUCACCGAUUGGACGAAGCGAGAGUUCCAGCAGUUUGUCAGGGUCAGUUUUCGGUAGAAUUAGGAUCGAAAGAUGAGCCAAAAUGUGAAAAUCUAGUGGAAAUCCAUGAAUUACAUGAUUUUCCCCAAAAACAUGACAAAUCAUCGAAAACGUUGCAGGGAAAUGAGAAGUACGGUCGCGAGGAUUUGGAGAACAUUGCCAAGGAGAUGGAGCGUCCGAUCGAGGAGAUCCGCGCGUACGCGAAAGUCUUCUGGGAACGGUACGAGGAGUUGCAGGACGCGGAGAAGGUGAUCAGUCAGAUCGAGAAGGGAGAGGCACGCAUACAGAGGAAGCACGCCGUCGCGAAGGCACUCGACGCCAAGAUAGCCAAGUACAAGGCGCCGUUCCAGCAGCUGCGCAUCUCGUACGGAACCAACAAGGGAAAGACGUACACGGAGGACGAGGACAGGUAGGAAACAUGGGAACAUUGAGGAAAUUCUGAUCGAGAUGGGACUGUAGAAGUUGGGAAUGUAGGAAACGCUUUAAACUGAUACUGUAGCGUUGGAAAUCUCUCCCAGAACAAGAACAAUGAUUCCUUUUGCAGAUUCCUCGUUUGCGAAACGCACCGUCUCGGCUACGACAAGGAGAACGUGUUCGAGGAGUUGCGUCAGUCGGUCCGCAUGGCUCCGCAGUUCCGCUUCGACUGGUUCCUCAAGAGUCGCACUGCUGUGGUGAGGAUCAGGGGUUUUAUGGACAAUUUCAACUGAAACUUGAUCAUUUUACCGAAAAACUAGGGAAAGAUCGUUUGAAAAUGGAAGGUCUUGGCACGCCUGAAAUUUGAGGUUAAAAGGCCAUCCUUAAGUGUCCUAGGUCCUCUUGUUUGAUACAUUUUGGGUUUUCCCCAACAUUUCGAGUAUUGUCUCAUUUUCAGGAGCUGCAACGCCGCUGCAACACGCUGAUCACCCUGAUCGAACGAGAAAUGGGCGAAGUGAUUGACGCGAAGCCGACGAGUUCGGGCGCCGAGAAGAAAAAGGCGGAAAAGACGGUGAAGACGGGCGGUCCGACGGCGAAAAAGGCGAAAUCGGCGGCGAAAUGA